CGUAGGUUUGCUUUGCUUCUCAGUGUCUGCCGACAGACAGACAAUUCGACGCCACGAACGCUCGACCUUGGAUAGUCCGUCCUGGUUCUGUCAGCACCCGCGCGCUGCGAUCCUCUUCCUUCUUCGGCCCCCCCUUGCGUGGCUGCCACCCAUCAUCCUUCCUCAUUCGCUUUCAGGCAGCCUCCAACGCAACCCGCACAUACCAGAGCUCCCUCUUUGGCUGCCCUUGGUUGUCUCGGCCCGCGGUCCGCCAUUGAGAGCUGCCCGUCCUGGCCUGUUUGGUUUGCCCAUCUACCUGCGAUCCAAUCGGUGCUGUGCUGGGCUUGUUUUGAAACAGAGAAGACCAGACGGGCAAGGGGAGAGACUGACCUUGCAUCAACACCGUCGCAAGGGAGACGCCCCGGCUUUGCCUCUCCCACUUCAGCGUCGCUCUCGCUUUCUGUCCGGCUGGAAGUCGAACUUGCGUGCCAAUACGACUCGAGAUUCCCCGCGUUCCCUGCUGCCGACCUGCAGCUCUUGAUCUUGGACAGAUCGUGCAUGCGACGACGCCUGAGAGAUAUGCAGUGAAACAACACGCCUGCUGCUUGGCAAACAAAUCGCAAUUGGCCAUCAAGCCUCGCGAGAAUCAGACACCCGGGAGACGCCUCGACGACUCACGUCUGACUUGAUCUGGGUGUCUUGGAGAGACAGCUCGGCUCACCACCAUCGCUGGGGCUGGAACCCCUGAUACCCGUUUCCGAUGCACGCCGCUUCCUGAACAAAUCGACAGGCAUCACCACCCUUCUGUCCUGCAGCUCGCCGUGUCCGUUUUGUUCCUUGCUUUUUCCCCCGACUUCCGCACUGGCUCCCAGAUGAGACUCGAUCUGCUCGGCUCCUCCACCUGCAAUCUGCCAUCUGAACACCUUCCCCGCGACCGAGACCUAUCCGACCUGAACGACGGACAGCCGGACCUGAAGGGGCCGGCUUCCCGUUGCUGAUUAUCAACAUGGAGGGUCCCAAUUCGUAUCAACAACCUCGCCGGGCCUCACGACCUUCAUACCCCCGCGCCCCUUCAAGGCCCACGAGCGCGAGCAACUCUCGCCUGACGGCAUCUCACAGCGUCGGCAGUUCCAUCUCCCACGUCGCGGUGGGAGGCCCUCCGCCGACCCAUGCACAGCCCGCACCCCGUCUCCACCACACACACAACCUUAAGCAGUCCAGUCUGUCACCGCGGCCGUCGUCGUCUAGAGGCGUGGCUCACCCGUCGCGGCAAGAGACGCCCGACUCGGCGCGACACAGAGCCAUGUCCUCGUUCCUCCAGGAGAAGCUGCAGCGAGAGAGGGCGGAAAAUGAGCGAAUAUCCUUCUCCGCCUCGCUGUCCAGGACAGAUAUGAGUGCAUCUGUGGACGUCAGCCGCGCGGUAUACAACUCACCGUUCCGGCCGCCUCAGGAGUCCGAAGGGGGUAGGCCCCAGUCGAGUGCCGGCGUCGAGCCGAGACGAAAAGGUCUUGGGGUCAAGGAGAUGGAGCAGGUCGUGUCUAAUCUCCAUAAGCAAAACUUUGAUCUUAAGCUCGAGCUAUUUCAUCGUCGGGAACGGCAGAGUGCAUUGGAGGAACGCCUCGAUGGGCUGGAGUCUGACCGGAAGCAGAUGGAGGACGUCAACGACAAGCUGAUGGAGGAGCUUGAAAAGCGAGACAAGGCCGUCGAGGAAGCCGUUGCCAUGAUCCUCAUGCUCGAAGCCAAGGUCAACCAACUCCUCCAGGAGCGAGAGAUGGUGCAACAGGUCGAGAGACAAGACUUCUUUUGCGCUCGCGAUUACGACCUGCGCUACGACAACUCGGCCAUGCAGACGCCGAAGCGUCACGAUCCACGGUCAGAUCCUGACGUAAAGGUAGUCACUCGGAUGCCGAGCUUCAUCUCUGAGCCCAACGGCAACACCGAAAACCUACGAAACGUGUAUCUCGGCGCCAAGACAGGUGGCCCGGCCCUACCGCGAGUCACCGAGGGAUCCCCAGAAGCGGACCACCAGGCGCUGGGAAGCCCGACCCUCAGCGUCUUGAGCGAAAGCUCCUUCGUCAGUGUAUACGGACAGAAGCCAAGCGGCAAGGAAGCAGAUCUUCUACCGCCCGCUCGCAUCGAUGAGCCGCUGACGCUGGACGGUCUCGAUGCCGGGCUUGUCACUCGCCGCGAGGAGAUGCCUGCUCCGAGGAGAAGGGCCGCCUCGGUCACUAAGGCAACAAGUGGUUUCAGGCCCCCUCCUCGAUCAAGCACCGCGGUUCCUUUCCAAUCCAUGUCAGGGGUCGUUGGCUACGACUCUCCUCUUCAGCGCAUUGAGAGACUCGACUCGAGCUACACCAAAAAGGAUGGCAUCUCGUCACAAAGCCAAGGACGCACAAUCGAGUCACAGUUUGCCCCGCCGAAGUCGACGGCACGGAAGCAGACAAAGGAAGAAAAGCGCGAGGCGCUGCGGAGAGUCAUGACGGAUGCGCCUGGCGGCGUCCGUCUCCACGAUCAAGGACUUCCUCCGACCCCCGACACGAUAUCGACGUCGACCCUGCAUCGUUUUAAGAACUCGCACGAGACACUGUCGCAACCGCCGGAGGUUUGUCAGGACGAGGGGAGCCACGGCGUUUCACUACACUCGAUCUCUCAGGAGCCCAAGUCGGCCGAGCCCGCGUCUGGUGUGCCACUGGGAGAUGGCUCGUCUCUCAACGCUUCCGAUAAAAUGAGGAGCGUCAGUGCCAGCUCGUACGCGAGUUACCAGCACCAGCAGCACGCACAGCGCCCCCGUUCGGCAGGCGAGUCGGUUGUUUCACGCAGAGAGGAUAACGGCUGGGAUAGUGACGACGACAACUCGGACGCCCGUUCACUACAGUCGAGUCUGGAUAUUUGGCUACGAGAGAGUUCGAAGCCCGCGAAGAGGGACGCCAGCGGUCGACGAGUCUCCCCAGAUCUUUUCAGCUUCCCGAAUAGUACUGCUAAGGGCGGCUGGGCUGUGGAUUCUAUGCUGGGCCCCAGCAACACUCAUCCUGGAGGCCCAAAUGCUCCUGCCGGCUACGAUCACGUACAGGACUUGCUCGCGGUACAGAACCAACUCUUUUCGUCUUCCACUGGCCCGCCCCCACCACCAAAUAGGAGAUCCAGCCUCCACGCAACCACCGGCUCGCGGUCCGACUCGCUAAAGGCGUCGUCCAGCAACAGCCCCUCGCUCAAGGAUAACUGGAGAAGCUCGCCCAAGACUCGCGGCAAGCACAGCACGAAGAAUAGUGAAGACCUCCGAAGCGGUGACGAGGCCAAGACUCCCGUUCAACAGAAGCCGCGGCAGCCGCCCCCGGAGGCAGGCAGUGACCAAAAGCGCUAUCCCCCGAUCACGGGUCACCAAGGCGCCCGAGCGGGUCUCAACAGGCUGUUUAGACGAUCCAUCGGCAGCAGCUCCUCAAAUGCCCCACCACCGGAGCCGGCGUCUUCGGCGAACAGCGUCGCCGAAUCCUCAUCCAGUGAGACUCGGACGCAGAAUCCUAUGGGCGUCCCUUCGUGGGUGCUGCGCAACUGCCCGAUCGAGGACGAGCGUUCUGGAGCGACGCCCCCGCCCAUUAUGCUCAACCCCCGCCAGGGACGACGCAGCACGCUCGACUCUACUGGGGACAAGGAUCGACCUGUAUCCCCCACGCCGGCUGAAGCGUUAGACAAGACGACUGUGGAUGCACAGACUCAGGAGGAAAACGGUGAAGCGAAGCCACAGGCCAGCCAGCAGGAUGAAGGCGGCGCCGGCACAGGUGGACAAGGCGCACCCACGGGAACGGGAGCACGACGAAAGUGGCUGCCGUUUGGCCGGAACAACAACGCGAAGAAUAAGACGGGCUAGGGACUGUGCAAUCUUCGAGGCUGAAGUCCCGACGGCAGCCCGCAAUGCCAGAUGGGACCGGGAACGACGGAAUGGCAUCAGGGAGCGAUGGACGGGCACGGUGACGAGAAAGUGGGCGAAUCACGCAGGCGGAUUGGCUCUCGCACUGAUUAUUAGGAUUGAGACGUCGCGACCGAGCCUCGAUGAGCGGAGGCUCGGAAUCGUCGCGUUGCGUGUUUGGAGUUUUGAAUGGAGUUGGAGGCUUGGGCAUCGAGACUGAGGCAGGUAUAACAAACACAGUAGCCCUAGACUGAAGUAGCGACUCGCGGUCGCAUUGCCAGUGCAUGAUGCCGCCUGUUAUAGGCCCGCGUAUGUGACGCACUUGGUGGCGCUAGCCUCACGUGUUGGACGCACCGCUGGCAAAGACGAGUUCAAUGUUGGCAAGAACAGCCCUGCCAAUCUUCUCCAUACUUGCCU